UCUCUCUCUCUCUCUCUCUCUCUCCUCUCUCUCUCUCUCUCUCUCCAUGCCUGGCAGCGAUAGCAUGUCAGGAGCAGGAAGGCAGGCGCCUUUGCUGCCCUGGACUGUGCGUGACCGCUUGUUGCUGUGCGACUUGGUCCAGAAAUAUGGCAACCAAUCAUGGCCGGUGAUCAGCCGGCACAUGCGAAGCGACACGGCCAGCUUUGACAACCCAGACGACUGGUACAGCGCUCGGCAAUGCGCCACCCAAUACAACAGCAUCAUCGAGAAGGGGGACACCCCACGGCGCCAGCGUCGCAACGAGGCCGCCAUUGAGUCGCCGGAGGUGAAGCUCGCUCGUCAACUCCGCGAGCAGCGCACGCACGAGUUGAAGCGGCAGCUUGAGGACGACCAGAAGACAUACAACGCGCUGACAAAGGACCUGAUCCGGGCAGACUCAAUUCCAGAGCCCGAGCUGCAACCGCUCCUCACAGGCCUCGAGGCAUGGAAGAAGCGACACGACGAGCAGGAGAUGCGAUUGGCGCGCACACACCGCUCUCGCCGCGGAUCAUACCGCUCCAGCCGCUCGCAGCCGGGCUCUCCACUCGCCACGCCGGCGAAGGGAUCGACCUCAAUCUCCGCCGGCUCCACACCACUGCGGCAGUCGAGUUCGGCGCGCGGAUCCACGGCAUCGACACCGCUCACCCGCUCGUCCCCAACAGCCCGGCAACAGGCAACAGGGGCAGCAGCAGCAGCAGCAGCCAAGUUCACGUUCCCGCCAACACCAACAACAGCUGCAGCGAGCGGCGGUGGCGGCGGUGGUGGCGGCGCGGACACUGCGCAGCAGGCGCGGGGUCAGCAGAAGCGCGAGGCGGCCGCGCGGAAAGCGGCGCUGGAGGGGAAAACAUUUACGCACACAGCAGGAGAGGAGGAAGAUGGGGGUGCAGGGGUGGAGGGGAAGGAUAUGGAAGUGGAGCGGGAUGGCGAGCCGGGAGCCGUGAAGGGACCGGCAGCAGAGAAGGCGAAGGAUGAGAAGAUGGAUGAGAGGGGCGAAGGUGAGGAGGAGGUGGCCCAGCAGAAAGAAGACGCGCACAAGCAAGAGGAAGGACAUCAGAAGCAGAGUGCUUCCACGGAGGUGAAGGAGGAACCCCAACAGCAGCCGCAUCCGGAACAGGAGGAGAAGGGACACGGAGAGGAAGAAAAAGCGAUGGAAACGGCAGAGGAAAAGGCGGAGGCAGCGAGCACACCAGCACAAGCAACACCACAAGCAGCAGCAACGACAACGACAACAACAGAGGGUGUUGGUGAAGUGGAGGAAACCAAAGAGAGUGGACAAGAAGAAGAAGAAGCAGAAGACGUGUCGCCGCCGCCAUCGCCGGGAACGCCACGCCCCCUCCGCCGCUCCACACGCGAUCGCGCUGCAUCGGACCGCUCCUCCAAGCACGAGGAGGAGUCAUCGCGACAGUCCUCCCUGCGGUCCUCCCGCCGGUCCUCUGUGGACGCGCGCGCCGCCUCGCCGAAGACACCACGCGGAUCGCGGGCAGAAUCCCCAAAGAUGAAGGAGGAGCCAUCUGAGGCAGGCAGCCCACUGUCAUCAGUUGAGACGCCGUCAGCAAGCGGCCGCGCAACGCCAACGACGGGCAGGCGCAGCCGUCGUGGGCGUGCGGGCCGUCGUGGUCGGGGCGGGCGGCGGAAGACGCGACUGGCGCAGGUGUCGACGCCCACAGCCGAGGACGCGGAGGCCGACGACCAGCACACACCUGCUAAGCCGCGGGCGAUCAACGUGGAGGAACUGGACGACGACGAGCCUCUCGCGCCCCCGAGCACGCGGCGGCGCGGCUCCCGUAAGCCCGAACUUCCAAAGCAGAUCUUCGGCCACACGCUGGAGCUUGUGACGCCAGUCACGCACGAGUUCAAGGAAAAGUGGGAGAUUGAAGACUUGCCCGCCGAAGAAGUUGAGAGUCUGCAGCGGGGGUGGCGCCACGCCAUCAUGAACGUUUGGCGACAGAUUGCCGGCCACAAAGAUGCGAAUCUGUUCCGACGUGCUGUGCGGGCAGACCAGGCGCCCGGGUAUUACGACAUUGUCAAGCGACCAAUGGAUCUCGGCACCAUCGAGCAGAUGAUCAAGAACAAGGAGAUUACGACGACGCGUGGGUUUGAGAACGCGCUGAUGCUGAUGCUGGCAAACGCAGCCAUGUUCAACACAGAGGACCACUUUGUCCACGAGUCCGCCCAGAAGAUGAAGACUGACUCCAUCGCAGCCAUCGAGAGUUUCAAGCAGGCGUGCCUGGCCGUGAUCACAGACGACUCGGAGCGGCCAACCAGAGGCCGGCGGAAGAAAGGCGAAGACGAUGACAGCGGGACACCAACACCGAAGCGAACGCGCGCCUCGCGUGCAUAACCAACCCGUGCUCGUCCAUGUGUGUGUGUAUGUGUGUGUGUGUGUGUGUGUGUGUGUGUGUGUGUGUGUGUGUGUGUGUGUGUGUGCGUGUGUGUGUGUGUGCGUGUGGCUGUUUUGCCUUGGGUCAUUUCAAGUCUCGUGCAGCCCCAUCGUUGUGUGUGUGUGUGUGUGUGUCUAAGAUACUCCUCCUGUCGUCGUUGUACUUGUCAUCGUGCUCGGUUGUUCCUGUGUAUGUUGCUCUGUUAUGUACAACACCGCCAUCAGCGGGCGGUCGUAAAACCUUCCCUAAACUGCA